UAAAACAGCUUGUGUUUACGAUCCUAAAUAUUAAUUUAUCAAAAUCAGCUGUGGAUAUUAUGACCAACGCGAUAAAUAAUACGUUUAGAGUGAAUUUUUUUAAGAUAUGUGGGGUUUCGUUGUUAAAUGUCAGGCUAUGGCUGUAUAGUGUAGCAUUCGUGCAUCUUAUAGUUACAGCUAUUGUGACCUUAAGCAUAGAUGUCACUGUCGACGAGGAUCCUUCAGUCAGAGCCUAUCAUCAUGUGCGAUGGAAACUCAUCACCUGCUGGUUUAAUUUGAUAACCUUAGCCUACCUGCCUCUCUGCCUGUACUGCGAUUGGUGUGAGAAGCGAGAGAAGGAGCCUCCUCACGUUGCAAAGCUGAGGGUGCUCCGUGACGUCAUCAUGACAUCUAUCUUGAUGCCUACCACUACUUUUGCCGACAUCACAUUUUGGGUCACUUUUCUCACUGACGCGAGCAUCAUCGCGCCUCCUCGAGUCUUCGACUACUUGCCGUACUGGUCUCAGCACUCCUUGCAUACAGUUUCCAUGGUAACCGUUAUCAUGGACUUACUCCUCACUCCUCGAAAGAGACCUGACAGUAUGAAGCCUCGGUUGGGUUUGAUGGUGGGCUUUGGAACUGCCUACACUCUUAUGGUGUAUGUGAGCUUCCUCCAGGGCGAACCAGUGUACGGGUUUCUGUCAACUGCUAGUGAUGCUAUUGUUCUUUCAGUAUACUUAAUAUUCCUUAUACUAUUAACAAUUAGCUUUUAUGUACAGUGGCAUAUAAUUGAUUAUGUCUGGAGCCAUAAAAGAAAUAAAAAUAAAAUAAAGGUCGUAGAUUAGGUAUAGCUAAAUUGUUAAUUUAAUUUGAAAUGUUGUGUUUAUCUAUUAGGCGAUGAUGCUUAUACUGUUUUUCGUAUGGGAAUGUCUUGACUUUCAUUAUAUGAUUAAACUCGCAGCCCGUCCCGGCUUCGCAAGGGUUAGACAAUUAUUUUCUUUUUUCAAAAUU